AUGAACAAUAAUACACACACAGAACCCAACAAUGACAUUGAUAAUGAAAUAGAUAAUGAUAAUAUAAGUCAAUAUAUUGAAAAUGAAUUGGAUAGACAUAUACAAAAUAUGAAACCAUUAUUAAAUGAAUCAAAUAUUUCAAAACUACUUGAAAAUUCAGAAGAUAUUAAAAUUGAUAAAAAUACAGUUAGCUUUUUAAAUAAUGUUACAAUUAAAUUCACAAGAAUUUUAAUGAUGGAGAUUAUUGAAUCAAAAUUUUUUGAAAAGUAUAGAAAUAAUUAUAGUUAUAGAAAUAAAUCAGUUAGUGCAAAGUAUGUUUUAGAAACAUUUUAUUCAUUACCAGAGUUUGAAAACAUUUCAAAAGAUAUGAAAUUAGGUGAUGUUUCACCAACAUUAGAAUUAUUAUAUGAACGUGUUGUUAAAAGUAUAUUAUUAAAAAGAGAAGUUGGUUCAUCAAGACAUUAUCAAAUGAAUAAAUUUCUUUUAGAAGAAGAUGAAGAUAAAAAUGAAAAUAAUGAUGAAGAAAAUGAAAUUAAUCCAAUCCUAUAUAAUAAUAUAGAUAAUGGAAGUAAUUUUUUAAAAAAGGUUACAAAUCCAUCUAAAUCCUCACCAACAACAACAAAUUCAACAACACCAACACCAACACCAACACCAACACCAACACCAACACCAACACCAACACCAACACCAACACCAACACCAACAACUACAACAACCACACCGACAAAUUUAAAAAAGAAGCAAUAA